AUGGAGUCUAUUGCAGUGAUCGCUUCUGAGCCGGCUGGCAAAGAUGCAUUGGCCUCAAUCACCAAAGCUGAGGCCGUUGCGGAGAUGGCCCCAACUUCCAAUGAAAAGGACAUUGGGGAAAUCACCAUUAGUGAAGGCAAAACAGCCUACUCCAAACUCUCUGUAACCCUCAUGGUCGUCUUCUCCGGUCUCGCCAUCGGCUCCGAUGGCUUCAACGCAUCGAUAAUCGGCAACUUGUCUCUCAUCUUCGGCAUCUUGUAUCCGGACCUCUCGACAACUAUGUAUUCUCGCCUUUCAAAUGCCUUCAUCAUUGGCAUGAUUGUGGGCAUGUUAGGAUUUGGGUAUAUUUCUGAUAGGUUGGGGAGGAAGAGUGGUGCAGUGUUGACGACGCUCAUUCUUGUCGUGGGCAUUGCGUUGAGUGCUGCGAGUAGUGGGAAGGAUGAGUUGGGCAUGUUUUGGAUGUUGGUGAUUAGUAGAGGUAUUGCGGGGGUUGGUGCUGGAGGAGAAUAUCCCGUCUCUGGAGCCGGCGCAGCCGAAGCUACAGAUGAAGAUUCAGGAGUCCGUAAGAAUCGUGGCUUCAUCUUCGCUCUGAUCGGGGAUCUCUCUGCGACUUUUGGAUUCGUUUUUGGCGGCCUCGUCCCUCUCCUUCUUAUUCUUUGUUCCCACGAAAAUGAGAACCAUUACAAUGUCGUCUGGCGACUGUCCCUGGCUCUUGGGCUGAUCCCUCCUAUUUCCAUUUUCUGGUUCAGGUACAAAAUGGCAGUCAGUACAGCCUAUCGAAAAAGCGCCGCAAAGAAACAGCGGAUUCCUUACUGGCCAAUCUUCAGGAGGUACUGGCGGCCACUAUUAGGUUGCUCAUUGGGAUGGUUCCUAUACAACUAUAUCUCUUACCCAUUUGGCCUUUUCGCAUCCACCAUUCUCACUCGCCUCAACGUCGGCUCAUCCCUCACCAAGAACAUGGGCUGGGGCACAGUCAUAAAUUGCUUCUACAUCCCGGGCGCCUUCAUUGGUGGUCUUCUUUCCGAUCGAAUUGGACGCCGAAGAACAAUGGCACUCGGGUUCUUUCUACAAGCAAUCCUAGGAUUCAUCCUCGGCGGCGCCCUAGGCUCAAUCCAGAGCAUCCUCCCCCUCUUCAUUAUCUUCUACGGUAUCUUCCUCACCCUCGGCGAAGUCGGCCCCGGCGCAACGAUCGUUCUCACGUCGUCCGAAUCCUUCCCGACCUCUAUCCGCGGCCAAUGUCUCGGUCUUAUCGCUGCCUUUGGAAAAGCAGGGGCGGCGAUAGGGACCGCUGUGUUUGCUCCAAUUCUAGCGAGUUUUGGGGAUGUAGAUGGGGGGUAUAAAGGGAAUCAAGCGGUUUUUUUGAUUGGGAGCGGAUUUGCAGCGGCGGGGGCGAUGACGAGUUGGUUUAUUAUUCCGGAUAUCAGUAAUAGGUUAGAGAGCGAAGAUGAGGCGUGGAAGGAGUAUUUGAGAGAGAAGGGGUAUGAGAUUCAGUGGGGUGAUGUGGAGAGUGAGGACCCGGAGGGGUUGAGGUUGGAUGGUGUGAAGAGCUAG